GAUAUCUGUGCAGGUCUGGAGUUCCAGUAGGUCGUGGUUGUGCAUAUCUCGUGUUCCUUGUCGUGGCCAACGUUGCAUCGGUGCGAGGUAUUCUUUUCGUUAUUAUAAAGCUACUGUGGUGAACUGAGCAGAGCAGUAUCGGAUUAUUUGCGUAGGCGCUCUCUUGAGCGCGCGGACGUUUUCACAAGGGCCAGAGCAGCACGGGCGUCGCCAUGGCGGAAAGUUCGCAGCAAGCAGGCUUGACGGCCACCGUUAAGCACGAAAGCGGCGCCUCGAGCCCCGCGAGCGGAGUAGGAACGACCGAGAGCAGGUCGGGGCCUUCGGGCCAGUCGCUGUCGGAACUCCUGCUGCAGCUCGAAGAUUACAGUCCGACCCUGCCGGACGCCGUCACGGCGCACUACCUGAACACCGCCGGACUGGAGGCCAGCGACCCGCGCGUCGUCAGGCUUGUUUCCCUUGCAGCGCAGAAGUUUCUCUCGGAUAUCACAAACGACGCGCUGCAGCAUUGCAAAAUGCGCGGUGCCGGACAGAGCAAGAAGGCCACCAAGGACAAGCGCUACACACUCACCAUGGAAGACCUGACUCCCGCGCUGCAGGAGUACGGCAUCAACGUCAAGAAGCCGCACUACUUCGUCUGACGCCGCGCGUCCUGGUCCAUUGAAGGGCCGCUCGCUAACGGUGUCGCGGUGUCCUGCUGGUUUCAAAUGUAAAGACCUUCACGAUUUGACGGCUGCAUCGAGUGUUCCUAAUCGUCAAGCCCAGCGGCCAAAUACAGUGCGGGCUACGAUGUAUAUAUGUGUUGAAGUUGUGUUGCCGCGCUCGAAUUCAUUUCUUUGCGGUUCAAAAAUCGUGGCGUGUUGUGCAUCUCAGAAGAAAAAAAAAUUCGGUAAUGACAGUCCACUCCUAUUUGGAGUGCAUUAAGGGAUGUAUUUUCUGUACAAAAUAAAUGCCGAAAUGGGA